CAGUCUACCUCUGACUCGCUCUGUGCGUGUGUAGUGUGUGUGUCUCUCUCUCACAGACAGGCAGAAAUCCACUUCUGAAAUUCUUUUAAGGGAUGGCUGUUUUACUGAGGAUCUUGCUCCUUUGUUCUUUGGUCAUCCACAAUUUUGUGUCAGGGCGUAGGCUGACAGGGGACACAGGCAUGAAUUGUUGCAAACUUUUCCUCCCAGUGCCGUUAAAGAGAGACCAAUACUCAAGAUUGAGAGGUUAUGAGAUCUUGCCGAGUCAUGGACGCUGCCCAGAGUAUCUCCAGUUUACCACGUGGGGCAAUCAUACGUUCUGCAUCGCAAUGAGCAAAGGGCAGGAAAUGAGGGCGUUUCUCGAUUCGCAAGCUCCCUCCAAGAAGGAAUUUCAAAAAGGAUGGAACGAGGGGACAGGAAUCUGGGAGGGAACGUCAAAGACCACACUCCCUCCUGCUGUUACACCUCGUUCCCAAGAUCCUCCGACUGCUGGGAUGUCCCCUCCAGAUCCGCAAUCUCCACUCACCUCAACUCCCUCGGUGUCUCCGUCUCCCCAAGCCAGUGGUAGCCCAGGGCGUGAGGGCAGGACAAUGCCAACCUCCUCCGUUACUGCCCAGACUGGGUCACAUGGCCAAGAGCUUACCCGGGUCCACCCAGGGAUGUCCAGUUCAGACCAGCUCCAGGAGGUGACCACAGGAACUCAGGAUAAAGCCACGGACGGGGCAGACAUUCACCUGGGCAAGGGGAUGGGCACCACGCCAGGGAGGAUCAUCGCCAUGGCAACGUCCCCAUCAAAUGGACAGGGCAGGGAGGAGAUCCGGAGUGGAGGGGUCACCCACAGUGACGCUCCCUCCAAGGAGGAAUUUCAAAAAGGAUGGAACGAGGGGACAGGAAUCUGGGAGGGAACGUCAAAGACCACACUCCCUCCUGCUGUUACACCUCGUUCCCAAGAUCCUCCGACUGCUGGGAUGUCCCCUCCAGAUCCGCAAUCUCCACUCACCUCAACUCCCUCGGUGUCUCCGUCUCCCCAAGCCAGUGGUAGCCCAGGGCGUGAGGGCAGGACAAUGCCAACCUCCUCCGUUACUGCCCAGACUGGGUCACAUGGCCAAGAGCUUACCCGGGUCCACCCAGGGAUGUCCAGUUCAGACCAGCUCCAGGAGGUGACCACAGGAACUCAGGAUAAAGCCACGGACGGGGCAGACAUUCACCUGGGCAAGGGGAUGGGCACCACGCCAGGGAGGAUCAUCACCAUGGCAACGUCCCCAUCAAAUGGACAGGGCAGGGAGGAGAUCCGGAGUGGAGGGGUCACCCACAGUGACGGUACCACCUUACCCGGAGCCGGUGCCGGGGACAGUCACUUCCGAAUUUCGGAAGACCGGAACAGACCCUCGCAGGAGGGCCCGGCAGGUCAAAGGUCACACAUUGGCUUGAUGCUGGUCUGCCUGUUCAGCGUGGCAGCUGUAGCCCUGCUCAUGUGGGCACUGUUGGUGCGGGGAUCCGGUGGGAAGGUGUAUCGAGUGGGAGACUAUUACUGUCUGCACCCCAGCAAAGAAUCUGCCACCUUGGUACACUACAGCCGGGACUUUGACGCUUCCUGUGGUGUGGUGUGAGCUGGGAGGAGGCGAAGUGGGGGUACAGCGGAAUUCUCCGAUGUCGAAGACCCUGCUUGUAUUUCCACCCACCUCCAACCGAGUCUCCGUCUCCUCUGGCAACAGUGAGGUGGAGAGGGAGUGCGUCGGUGAAACGCACUGUGCGCCUGGACCUCCCUUUUUUUUGCGCUGCCAGCUGAGGGCGGCUUUUACAGACCAACUGACCGAAUUGCCCGAGCGGCGGGC